CCAAAGUAAUGUUUGACGAACACGCCUUUUGGCAGGAGAUCAGACGCGAUCGUGUCAAAGAAAUGCCCCAUCUGCCACAGCGGGGUUACUUCACAAGUCCGGUUUUCACCGAGUAUCCGGAUGUCUUCGUGGUUAUGAUGAGACUCCUUCAAGAAAACAGAUUUUUGCUGCGGUAGCGCUUUGCUUUUUUAGCUGUUUGGGAUGUAGAACGCUAUGGUUAUCGUCACAGUCAAUAUAACUACGAAGUAGAGCUGCACGUGUACUGCAUCAGAAUCAAUGUCUUCAUCUUCUAACCCGAGUUACAAGCGCUACAACAUCGAGAAGCCGGAUGGCGCGCGAACCAACGUCGAGGUGCAGGUGCAAUUACAACACGUCUAUCCGAUUAUGAAGUACGUGCCUCGUUUUAAGGUGAACAUCCCAGAAGAUAAGUUGGAAUUUCCGACAAGGGAGAGUUGGAGUAUCGUGGUUGGCAGCAUCUCUGAAGGCCAAGAGUUCGAUUACGUUGUGGACCGUUUCUCGACUCUGGUCUCAAUUGCUGUCCUGGCUGCGAAAGUGUCGGGUUUCUAUGCAGC